AUGGUGCUGAUACGAGUUGUCAUGUUCAGGUGGGAAUAGAGGCUUGGAAGAGUUCCCGUGACAGUACAGGUAUGACACCAAAUGAUUAUGCAUGCAUGAGAGGUCAGUACUCCUAUAUUAAUCUAGUCCAAAGAAAAAUCAACAAGAAAUCUGCGGAAAGUGGGCAUGUCGUCCUAGAUAUGCCUGGUGAUCAUUUGGACUGCAUGACCAAGCAGAAACCAUCAGAUGGGCUUAAAUUGUCUGGGGUUGUUAGCUUCCAGACUGAAAAGAUUGAAACAAAAGUGAAGCUGCAACAUUGCAAAUUCUGUGAACAGAAGCUUGCUUAUGGAAACCCCAGAACAUCACUGGUAUACAGGCCUGCAAUGCUAUCAAUGGUGGCCAUUGCAGCUGUCUGUGUCUGCGUGGCACUGCUCUUCAAAAGCUCACCCGAAGUUCUUUAUGUGUUCCAGCCCUUCAGAUGGGAAAUGCUCAAGUAUGGCUCUAGCUAAGUUAGUUAUAAUAAUUAGUUCCUAGAGACCCUAGGCGGGAACUGCUCUAAGUAAGUGGUUUAGCUAAGGUAAUUUAUACUAAUUGGUUCACCGAGACAUGAGCCAGGACUUUUUUUCUUCCCCACAUUUUCUUUCCCUUUUUACAUAAAGAAGAAUGUAGAAGUCCUGCUGAUUUGUAUGGAUUUAGAUCUCAGGUGAAAAAUAAUGUUGUAUAUGUGUCAAUGAUAGUUGAUUUUAAUUUUUAUACAUGGAAAAGUUCAGCUA